AUGUCAAGGCUAGAGAAAUUGAAAGAGAAGAGGAGAGAGGGGCAAAAACCCCAACAAGAGAGAAAGAGUGUCAAGACAACACCAAGUGAGCCACGCUCGCAUAUGGACUAUACUAUUGAGGAAACUGAAAACUGGCACAAGAAACAGCGAGUUGAUGGUUCUGAGAAUGUGGAUAAACUAGCUGAGCUGACUUAUUACAAGGAUAUUCUGGCGAUAAAGGUCGACUUACAAGCGUAUAGGGAAGGCAAAGCUGCCGACCCCACUGAACUAACCACGAUCCUUGCUGCCAACACUGAGCGAAAAACGAAACGUAAACGCCACGCCAAAGAUGCUGAUGCUGAUAGCUAUAUCAAUGAGAAGAAUAAACAGUUUAAUAUGAAGUUAAAUAGACAAAAAUAG